ACUACAUAGGUACGACAUUAUCCUUCGUUAGCGAAACCAACAGUGGCAAGUUAAACUUUCACAGAGUUCACAAGCAAUAUAUCUUCUGAAAUAAUUACCUUUGCAAAAAUGGAAUUGGCUAAGAACUCGUUCCUUUUUGACUUUAUGAUGGGCGGCGUAUCUGCAGCCGUUUCAAAGACGGCUGUAGCACCAAUUGAGAGAGUUAAAAUGUUGAUUCAGACCCAAGACAGUAUUCCUGAUAUUAAGAGCGGGAAGAUACCACGUUACUCUGGUAUUAUUGAUUGUUUUUCUAGGGUUUGCAAGGAUCAAGGUAUAGGAUCAUUGUGGAGAGGUAAUAUGGCCAAUGUAAUCAGAUAUUUCCCAACGCAAGCCUUUAACUUUGCAUUCAAGGAUUACUUCAAGAAGAUGUUCCCAAAAUACAAUCAGAAGACAGAGUUUUGGAAGUUUUUCGGUGCUAAUAUUGCAUCCGGAGGUUUGGCUGGAGCUAGCUCUUUACUUAUUGUUUACCCUCUUGAUUUUGCCAGAACUAGGCUUGCUAGUGAUGUUGGUAAAGGGGCCAACAGGGAAUUUACUGGACUCUUUGACUGUUUAAUGAAAAUCCAAAGAAACACUGGUACCUUGUCGCUUUACAAAGGUUUCGCUGUAUCUGUCCAAGGAAUUAUUGUCUACAGGGGUGCCUACUUCGGCAUGUAUGAUAGUGCUAAAGCUGUCUUCUUCGGUGAAAAUGAAGCAAAAGCGAACAUCAUUUUAAAGUGGUCAAUUGCACAAUCUGUUACUAUCAUGGCUGGAUUGGCCUCCUAUCCAAUGGAUACAGUAAGAAGGAGAAUGAUGAUGAUGUCUGGCAAAAAGGCGUCCUCGGAAAUUAUGUAUACCAGCAGUCUUGACUGUCUCUCAAAGAUUUACAAAAAUGAAGGCCUAGGUGGCUUCUACAAGGGUGCAUUCGCAAACAUCCUUCGUGGGAUGGGUGGUGCUCUUGUCCUAGUCUUCUACGACGAACUGCAAAAGUUAGUCAAGUAGGAUCACCGCAUGUCAAACGACACGUAUAACUCAUAGUCAGAGGACUGGUAAAUCAACAUGUUUAACUAGCAUACACGUACUCAGUUACAUACGGUCCACGGUGGUUGCCAGGGUCUGCAAGGACGGAUAUUCAUAGGUGGUUGUGGAAAUUUCAUUGCGAUUGUAUAGUACCAGUCAUAUCAAUUUAUUAGUGGUACUACAUGUGAAAUAAACAAUGUAGGGGAUGUAAUAAAAUAUUUAGACCAAAACAGAUGGUUUGAAAGGGCUUCUACUGAGAUAACGAUAGACCCCAUAGUACAAUAGAUAAAAUGAUAAAUUACUCU